AUGAGCUACCAACAAUUUUAUGACUCUCUAAACUACGCUAUAUUAGCUUUGAGCAACGUUGUUAUGACUGCUCUGACGAUUAACGCAUUUAUCCUCUGCACUUCGAAACAAAAGAAGUUGAACUGCGCAGACAGAGAUAUGAAGUACCAACCUCGAGCAGUCGCGGGUUCGCCAAAAACUUCAGAGGAGGUGGUGAAAGUGCAAGGAUCGAAAAUAUCAGUGUCUGGCUCUCUAGACAAAACAACGGCACAAAUCGGAAAAGAUGAUUUUAAAAUUGCUUCAAAAGAUGAUUCUUUCGAAAGAAUUCAGCCUCGUGUCGCUAUGGCUAAGAGAUAUCAAGAGAUAGCUAAUCUCCAUGUAGAACGACGUCGCAAAGAUUAUGACACUCUUGAAGGUUGUACAGGGAUAGGAAUAGGACCUUUAUCAUAG